AAAGGGAGGGGAGAGAGAGAGAGAGAGGUGGAGCCCAGCACCCAUGUGCCCUCCUCCUGUCUCCACCAGCUCCUGCCGCUCAAUCAUUAGACGUCUGUUCCCUCUCUCUCAUUCACUCGCUUACUCACUCACUGUUCACUAACACCCCUCACUCUAUUUCUCUUACUCAAAUCGAAAACCCUCUUUUCCCCUCAAUUCUCAAUUCAACUUGAUAUCACUAACUUCUCACGUAACUUAGAUGUCGAGCUCCGACGGAACCGCCAACGCCGUCAGUAACGGCUCCAUAAUUGACACCCAGCGUCAGGGACCUCAGCAGUUAGCCGUCAAGAAACCGCCGUCCAAGGACCGUCACAGCAAAGUCGACGGUCGAGGACGUCGCAUACGCAUGCCAAUCAUAUGCGCCGCACGUGUGUUCCAGCUCACGCGCGAGCUGGGUCACAAGUCCGACGGUCAAACCAUAGAGUGGCUACUCCGCCAAGCCGAACCGUCCAUCAUCGCCGCCACCGGCACAGGCACCACCCCCGCCAGCUUCUCCUCCGUAUCACUCUCCGUCCGCUCCUCCCCUUCCUCCACCUCCGACCACAAACCCCCCUUGCUCGCUCCCACUCCCUUCAUCCUCGGCAAGCGCAUACGCACCGAUGAUGACUCCUCCGCUUCCGCCAAAGACGAUGCUCUCUCCGUGGGCCCUUCUCUCGUCGGCCCUACUACCCCCUCUGCCCUGUGGGCCCUCCCGGCCCGGCCUGAUUUCGGACAAAUUUGGAGCUUCGCUGCUGCUGCUGCCGCUGCGGCUCCUCCUCCCGAAAUGAUUGUGCAGCCCGCGGCGGUGUCGGUGGCGCAGCAGCAGCAACAGGUUUCUCUUUUCGCUCAUCACCACCAUCAUCAGCAGCAACAACAGGCCAUGGGAGAAGCUUCGGCGGCGAGGGUGGGGAAUUACCUUCCCGGCCAUCUGAAUUUGCUCGCUUCUUUGUCGGGAGGGCAUGGGAAUUCUAGUCGGAGAGACGACGAGCCUCGUUGAUUGCGUCUUCUAUGUGGAAGGUGGUUGAGGAUGGUGGAAGGCGGUGGCGUUUUCUUCGUAUAUAUAUAAUUAUCUCGUGUUGUGACUGUUGCUUUGUUGUGUGUGGAAGGAAAGCAGAAGACUCUUAGGGUUAGGUUUUUCUUGUUAGUUUUGAGUGGUGAAGUCCUUCAAUUAAGGAGUUCAAUUAGGGCUUUUACUUCCUUCUGGUUUGGAAACUUAACUAGGUUUUUAGAAUUGCAAAUUGUUUUAGAUUCUGGGGCUUUGUUGUUGGAGGAGAAAAUGGGAGGGAGAAUGUGAUAAUUGAAUUAGUGAAUUGUGAAGGUGAGAAUUUGCUGCAGAUUGAUGCUGGAAGCGGGUUUGACAACCUUGAUGGGAGCGGUAUGCAAGUGCAUUGUUGUGCUGAAGAGACUUGUCCAUGCUUGGAAUGAUGGAUUGCAUUGCUGCUUCUGUUUCACUUUCGUGGUGGGGAUUUUAGUUUUUGGAUGACUCUGCUAAUUGGGUCUACCAUUUUGGUUGUCGUUGUUGUUGUUAUUGCAAUUGAAGAAGUAAUUAGUGGUUGCAAGCUCGGUUUCUGAGCUGAGUGAAUCGUAGUGUUUCUGAAGUUCAAUUGUCACUCCCACAAUGUUGGAGUACCCUACUUUCCAACAUGGGUUGAGGAUUCGUGUCUCUUGGCUGCUAUUGGGGCAUCUUUUUACAGUGGGCAUGUUGUGAAUUGGGUGCAGCUGCUGGUGAGUUAUGCUUUCUCUCUGUCUCUCUCUUCUCCACUUUCACGCUCCUUGAUGGUCUUUGUUGUUUCAGAGGUAACUGGUGCGUGAAAGACAAAAAAAGCUCUGGUUGUACUCUCUCGUAUGACCUCUUGUUUUGAGAUUUUUAUCUACAAUUCUUAUCUUAGCCAUUUCUUAGAUUGAUCAGCGUGAGAAUAAUGUUUUCUUGUAUGUAAGUGGAUUGUUUUGGGGUGCCAGUGAUGUGAAUAAAAACCCAUCUGUUUUUUUCUUUAUCCUUUCUCUUACUUUUGUCACUUUCUUUGUUUCUAUGUGCACAGCAACUCCUUAUGCAUUGCUGCUGCCAGACUUUACAAUUUUGAAUCUUAUUUGAUUUGAUUCCGUGUGCUCUGUGUUCUUCAAUUCUUGUGGUGAAAUUGGCCUUUUCUGAAUUUAUGUGGCCUAGCCUGGUUCCAUUAUUGUAGCAGUAGGAGUAAAUUCAUUUGGGUGUUUUGAUACCCACCGACCACCAUGUUUGAUUUCGUCGAAGUAUCUUCGGUUUUCUGCUAGUUUGUCAUUUCCGCGGUACUGUUUCUGGGAACUUGUACUCUGGCUACUUCAGUAUUUAAGGAAAGAUAAGGUUAGGUACAGCCUGUAUCCAAGGCUUAAAUAUACAACAAUAAAGAUCUAACAUAGGUGGUAGUAUGGUUACUGUUUUUUAUGUUUCACCAUCGGUUAAACCAAAUAUGGUGUUGGUGCGUUUGAUUCAGCUGUCAAUCUGGGGUUGUUACUGAUAUAAAAACUAAAAUUUUGGCUGAUGUGCUGUAUCUCAAUAAUGGCAUAUUUAAUCUGGUUGUUAUGACUUUGACUUUUAUUGCCACACCCUUGGAAGCUACCAUGUGCCUCUGCACCCUGCCUUAUCUGCCUCACAAAACAAACUUGAACCAUUCCCAGAGCUUAUUUGAAGUGGAAAAAGGAUCACGUGAAGCAUUGAUCUCCUCCUUCCAUCAUAAACAAUUGCUUUCAAUGUGUAACUAAUUUGGGGAUUCUAUUUCAGUCCUCCAAUUUUAAAAUCCCUCUAUAAGAUACAUAGCAUCUUUGAGGCGUAAUUUAACGAAAUUGGAGGUAGGUAAUUGGAUGGAUGACAUGUUGUUUAAUAACUGCACAUGAUAUUUGCAGUGAAAAAUGAUGGAAUUGAAUUGAACUUGUAAAUAUAAUCUCACUUUCUUGGUCCAGUGAGAAAAUGAGUUCUUGGUCAGUUAUUAUUUGAUUGAUAUGGUCAUGCAAUGUGUUUUUAGUAGCCUGAUGUAGCUUAGAGUUAAAUAAAAAAUCAGUACGGGAAGUACUGAAAGGCUGAAUUGAA